CGCGCCUCCUCCUCCCCCUUUUCAUUUAAAACCGACCUGGAAUCUGCCAAUCUGUCUCAAAGUCCUCACUGGGUGCGGGAAUAAUUUAGAUUUAAGCUCCGACAGCCUUUUAAGCCUCUUUUAUUCCUCGGACGCGCCACCAUGACGCACUUCGCUCCUCUUUUAACUCUUAUUUUAAUUUCAUCACUCCUGAACUGGACACACGCCUCGAUCCUCUGCACCUGGACUAAAAGUUUGCCAAACAAAGAGGUGCACUACAGUUUCCUCCGGAGAGCCUCUUCAUCUCCAUCUUCUUCCCUGCGGCUGUACCACAGCGCGUGGUCCGGGGAGCGCGCUCUGCUCAGCUGCGCCUGGAGCGAGGACGCAGCAGUGAUCCAAAACUAUCUGUCUCUGUGCCGCGAGCGCACGCACGAGUUCACGGAUCACGCAAAUGAAAAUCUCGAGUCCCUGUUGGAGAAGGAUGAUCUGUGCGUCUCCGUGGCGUCUCCAGGGGACGGUGAGCGCGCGGGGAGAAGGACGGUGAGGAGCGUCGCAGCUGAGAGUCAUCAGGGUGAAGCGGAGAGGUCAAAGGUCACGACUCAUCUGCGCGUAAAGCGCGGUUUCAUCGUGCCAGGGACUCUGUGGUGCGGCUCUGGCAACAAGGCGCCAUCAUAUGCAGAUUUAGGAGUUUUUACAGAAACCGACAGCUGCUGCCGUGAACACGACCAGUGCAAACACACCAUCCUGUCUUUCCACUCCGAGUACGGCGUCUUCAACAGCAACAUCUUCACCCUCUCUCACUGUGACUGCGACAGGAAGUUUCAAAAUUGUCUGAUGGAGGCGAAUGACAGCAUCGCUGAUGUGGUGGGAUACACCUUCUUUAACCUGCUGAAGAUGCACUGCUUUGAGUUCUCCCACAGACUCCAGUGUACACAGAGGAACUGGUUUGGCAUGUGUAAAGAAACUAAAAUGGCUCUCUAUGCUGAGGUCCAUCCACCCACGCUGUACGAGUCUCCCAGUCCGACAGAGGACAGCAUGAACAGCUCCGUCCUAAACUCCACCGUACCCUCGGAGCUCCUGGAGAGCAGCAAGACAGACUCCGUCUCUGCUGCAGCGUCCACAGUCCCGACACCUUUAACCAACUCCCAAAACGCCUCCAUCACCACCGUGACCAACAACUCCACGGGAUCGCAGAGCAGAGACGACCUGGAGAACUCUCUACCAACCAAAAAACAAACUGAGCCGGACAUCACAGAGAAGCAGCUGUCAUGUGGCGUCUACAAGGACCUCGAUGAUUGUCGGGACAAGAUCCUUCCGCAGCAGAGGAGAUACGGCCUCCACAACCCAGAGGACAGGACGCUGUACCACUGCAACUGCACCACCAGGUUAUUCCAGACUUUGGCUGAACAGAGACAACUGACUGAAGUGCAUGCUCUUCUGCUGGGACAUGUGUCCCAGUCCUGCUUCCUGCCACAGGACUGCACAGCAGGCAGAACCUGUGCAGCCGUUCAGGUGCGAGCAGACCUCCCUCAGCUGGAGCCGAGGAGCAGAGCAGACAUGGAGGAGCAGCGCCAUCUACAGGCCGUCCAACUGAAGGUCAGGAGGCCAAACACGAGGAGAGCCAAGAGGAAAGACAGAGCUGUCAGGCUCCACAAACUGUGCGUCAGGAUGCUUCGACCCAAACUCGGCCACAAGAGCAGGACUAACGGUCGGGACGCAGCGUGGCCGGCUGUAAGGCGAACAGAGCUCGCCUGAGUCUGUGGUUUGAAUAUUAUGGAGACUCAAAGUGGUCAAUAUCACAUUGAUAAAUCAGACAUUAUUUCAGGUCAUUUUCAUUUAAUAGCAGAACUUUGUAUGUUAUCCAGAGUCUGUUUUUUAUCACAACACCCUUCUUCCUAAUGAAAGUUUAACCCUCUAUGGUAACGUGUUGCGUCCAGGUAACACACCCAAUUUUGGCCAUUUACACUCAUACAAUACAUUCUCAGGUGAUAAAUUGUUUAUAUCAAGUUUGCUUAGUUCUAAAUUCUUUCAAUUGGCUGAUCCACAGUGGUACAACGCAGUCUUAGUCUUAGUCUUUUUUUUAAUUUUAAAUUGUAUUUUAAACUUGUAGGUUUUUUAUAUUUUCCACGAAUGUUUCUCCACAAGUGAGUUUUAUUGAAAUUUUAAACGAUAACCCUUUUUUGGUAAUUUUUUCCAUUAUGGGUCAGUGUUGCUUUACGGUAAUAUACCCAAAAAUGUACCCCUAAAUUGUUUUUUUUUUCUUCUACUUUGACUAUUAUAUCACACACACACGCACACAAAAAAAUUUAAAUUGUUUGUUCCCCAACUGGCAUCGUAAUGCAUACCAUAGAGGGUCAAAAAUAAAAAUGUCAAGUCAGUUGAGAUAAACAGGGCAGAGCCAGGUAUGUAAACUAGACAGAUUAAUUUUAAUAUAUUUUGUUGUGAAUAAACAAACUAUAUCCAUCUGAAAUGAUAAUAUGUCAAACGUGAUAAAGUUUUACGUAAUAUUGAACACUUUGGGUCCCCAUUAAAUACUGUAGUACUGUGUAUUCAUGUUGUCUACAUCUGAGAUAAAGUGGAACUCAGUUUUGAGUAAAUUGUUGGACCAAUUUUACCCACUUUUUGGGAUAAAAACAAAAAAGCUUCUUUAAGUAUAAGAAAUGCUUUUCACAGUAGAUGUUUUGACAUGUCACGUGUCACCGUCACAGGUGUAUCUUGUAACAUUAUUGAUUCGGUUUAAUGGUGCUGCUAUCAUACAUAUCGGUGGCACUGUCCAGAGAUAAUGAUCAAAAGGAGGUUACAGUUUUCCAACCUUUUUAUGCACCUCUACGUCAGUAGUCUCCACUGAUUAAAACCCUAAAGGUCACUUUUAUUGACUUUUCUGCA